GGUUUGAGAAACAAACCAAAGAAAACAGGACAUGUGAAACCAGACCUCAUAGAUGUUGAUCUUGUGAGAGGAUCUGCUUUUGCUAAAGCAAAACCUGAAAGUCCUUGGACAUCUCUGACCCGCAAAGGAAUCGUGAGAGUUGUUUUCUUUCCGUUCUUCUACAGGUGGUGGCUACAAGUGACAUCGAGGGUCAUCUUCUUCUGGCUGCUUGUUCUUUACCUUCUUCAAGUUGCUGCUGUAGUGUUAUUCUAUACAGCCCAAAGCCCACAUAAUAUACCUCUGACUGAAGUAAUUGGGCCAAUAUGGCUAAUGUUGCUACUUGGAACUGUGCAUUGUCAGAUUGUUUCAACAAGAACUCCUAAGCCACUUCCCAGCACAGGGGGUAAAAGAAGAAGGAAAUUAAGGAAAGCAGCACAUUUGGAAGUACAUAGGGAAGGAGAUGGCUCUAGUACCACAGAUAACACACAGGAGGGAACAGUGCAGAGCUACGGUACAAGCACCUCUUGCAGUAUUGGCGCUGUCUUCAGAGAUAUCUGGCAUGCUGCUUUCUUUUUAUCAGGAUCUAAGAAAGCAAAAAACUCAAUAGAUAAAUCCACUGAGACUGAUAAUGGCUACGUGUCCCUUGAUGGGAAAAAGACAGGUAGAAGCAGUGAAGAAUGUAUGCAGGCCCAUGAGCGUCGAUGUGAAGUGAUUAAGCCAGAAGAGUCAGGGUGGAGCACUGUAACAGUGAGAGAUGCCUUCAACAACCACAGUCAUCACAAAGAUACGCACAGGACUGUGACAAAUUUAUCAGAUGAAGUUUCUAGUGAGGAAGGGCCUGAAACUGGAUAUUCUUUACGUCGCAGUGUAGAGCGCACUUCUAGUGAUUGUACACUUCGAAACAGGAAAUCUCACCAUUAUAAGAAACACUGUCCUCUGGAGGAUACACCUAAAUCAGGUACUAGCUGCAGUUCUCGGUGUUCAAGCUCCAGACAAGAUUCUGAGAGCGCGAGGCCGGAAUCAGAAACUGAAGAUGUGCUGUGGGAGGACCUCUUACACUGUGCAGAGUGCCACUCUUCCUGUUCCAGUGAGACAGAUGUAGAAAGCCCUCAAGUGAACCCAUGUGUGAAGAAAGAGUACAGAGAUGACCCAUUUCAUCAGAGUCAUUUGCCUUGGAUCCACAGUUUGAAUCCAGGACUAGAAAAAAUAAGUGCAAUUGUAUGGGAGGGUAAUGACUGCAAGAAAGCAGAUAUGUCCGUGCUUGAAAUCAGUGGUAUGAUAAUGAACAGAGUGAACAGCUAUAUACCAGGAAUUGGUUACCAGAUUUUUGGAAAUGUCAUAUCUUUAAUCUUGGGUUUAAUGCCAUUUGUCUUUCGACUUUCCCAAGCUAAAGAUUUGGAACAACUAGCUACACAUUCUGCCACUGAACUUUGUAUGACUGCAUUGGGAUCAAAUGGAGACAUUCUGGUUCUCUCAAUGGUUAUUAUAAGUUUUGUCGUCCGUGUGUCUCUAGUGUGGAUUUUCUUUUUUCUGCUAUGUGUAGCAGAGAGGACGUACAAACAGAGGUUACUGUUUGCCAAACUUUUUGGUCAUCUAACGUCUGCCAGAAGGGCAAGAAAAUCAGAGGUUCCUCAUUUCCGUUUGAAGAAAGUACAGAAUAUAAAAAUGUGGCUUUCUCUCAGGUCCUAUCUAAAGCGUCGAGGUCCUCAACGCUCGGUUGAUGUCAUAGUUUCAUCUGCCUUCCUACUGACUAUCUCAGUUGUGUUUAUCUGUUGUGCACAGCUGCUUCACAUGCAUGAGAUCUUCCUUGAUUGUCACUACAAUUGGGAACUCAUAAUUUGGUGCAUUUCACUAACUCUUUUCCUCUUAAGAUUUAUUACUCUUGGAUCUGAAACCAGUAAAAAGUACAGCAAUACCUCAAUAUUACUUACUGAACAGAUAAACUUGUACUUGAAAAUGGAGAAAAAGCCUAACAAGAAGGAGGAGCUGACACUAGUGAACAAUGUUUUAAAACUUGCUACUAAGUUAUUGAAGGAACUGGACAGUCCCUUUAGAUUAUAUGGGCUUACAAUGAAUCCACUACUUUAUAAUAUCACCCAAGUUGUGAUCCUGUCAGCAGUUUCUGGUGUCAUCAGUGACUUGCUGGGGUUUAAUCUAAAGCUCUGGAAGAUCAAAUCUUGACAAUAUAUAAAGAAGAUGAGAUAACACAGUGUUACAGAAAAGCUCAUUGAUUGACAAAACUGCCUCAAAGCAGCCACUGAAUCUGUAUUUCAGAUGCUACAACCUCUUCAAGGAUGUUGU